UAGUAUCCCCCCCCCUCAUCCAGCUGUGCGAGCUCCGCUGAUGGACGGAACCGAGUACACAGAUUGGAGGAGAGGAGAGCGAGAGCAGGAGCGCCCGGUCUUUCGUGUGCGCAACAAUGGAGAGGGGAGGCGUUUGUGAUAUUUAGAAAAUAUCAAAGGUCGCCUCUUUGACGCCUGCGUUUUUACUUGCGCGCGUUCAUGGAUGCGCAGCAGCAUCUCCACGGAUCUUUAACACACUCGUCCGGGAUACGCGCUGAAGAAAACCCGCGUGUGGAUGCAAUGAAAAGUGCUGGAUUCUUCAUCUGAACGAGGAAGAGCGGCGGAGGAAGCGCGGGGAGGCAAAUCAAUUUUAAUUUCUCCUUUUUGGGGUUUGCCCAUCAGCUCCGUGGAAGAGGUGGUGGAGGAGGAGGAGGUGGAGGAGGAGAAGCGUGAAGAAGUUUGCGCGCGGCGUCGGUAUUUCUAACAAAGCCUGGGCGCUGUAAAGUACGCAAACUCUCACUGCCAGGGGUUUUCAUUUUCAACGGGGUGAUGAUUGGGAAUUGUUACUGAGGCCCCUGGAGAGGCUUCUUGGACACCGGAGACCGGGGCCUGGGCGCACCGCGUCUGUUCAGACGGAUCCGCGCAGCUCCGCCACCUGGAAACUAUACGGUCCACUAGACGCACCAAAACCCACAAGACCCUCUCCUCCUUUCUCCCCCAGCUCCCUUUCUCUCUUCUUUAUCUCUCCCUUCCUCCCGUUCCCUUCUUACCAAGAGGAUUCCUUUUCUUCUCCAGGCUGGUGUGGACUUUUACAGCCGCCACAAUAACUGAUCAUGCGAUGACUGAGCGCGCUUUGGGCACAUCUACCGAGUCCAUUACAGGAGGCGAAUGAUGGCAGAGGAUGGGGAAGGAAAUCUCUCAGGGGCCCCCGACGCCAGGGGCUCGGAGGGUCGCUCCUCUCUGCCGAGGACCUUCAUCCGGCUCAACGACCUGUCCGGGCUCGGGACGGGAGGCGGUGACCGCGGCGAGGUGGUGGUGGUGGAGCCGGCGGCGUCCCCGGCCCCAGACGGGAUCUCUACGGCCGGGGAGGAUGCGUCGGCGAGCGGCGAGGAGAGUCUGCCCUACCCCACCCUGGCCCCGGUGGUGUUCUUCUACCUGAAACAAACCACCCGCCCCCGGAGCUGGUGUCUCAAAAUGGUCUGCAACCCGUGGUUCGAGCGAGCGUCGAUGUUGGUGAUCCUGCUGAACUGCGUGACCCUGGGCAUGUUUCAUCCAUGUGAGGACAUCAACUGUGACUCUGAGAGGUGCAAGAUCCUACAGGAAUUUGACGACUUCAUCUUUGCGUUCUUCGCCAUUGAGAUGGUGAUCAAGAUGGUGGCUCUGGGGAUUUUCGGCAAAAAGUGUUACCUCGGGGACACGUGGAACCGCUUGGACUUCUUCAUAGUACUGGCAGGGAUGCUGGAGUACUCCCUUAACCUGCAGAACGUCAGUUUUUCAGCGGUGAGGACGGUGCGCGUGCUGAGACCCCUGAGAGCCAUCAACCGAGUGCCAAGUAUGCGUAUCCUGGUGACCCUGCUGCUGGACACCCUGCCCAUGCUGGGCAACGUGCUGCUGCUCUGCUUCUUCGUCUUCUUCAUUUUCGGCAUUGUGGGUGUCCAGCUGUGGGCCGGCCUUCUCAGAAACCGCUGCUUCGUCGAAGACAACUUCUCCUUCCCUCUGUCCGUGGAGCUGGGUAAAUACUACCACACUGAAAACGAUGACGAGAACCCUUUCAUCUGCUCUCAGCCGCGAGAAAAUGGCAUGAGGCUCUGCAGCUCGGUUCCCAAGCUGUACGAGGAGGGGGUUCUGCAGUGUAACUUGGAUAUGUACUCCUACAACAGCACUGACAACACCACCUGCGUCAACUGGAACCAGUACUACACCAACUGCUCUGCUGGUCUCAUAAACCCCUUCAAGGGGGCCAUCAACUUUGACAACAUCUGCUAUGCCUGGAUUGCCAUCUUUCAGGUUAUUACUCUGGAGGGCUGGGUGGAUAUCAUGUACUUUGUGAUGGAUGCUCACUCCUUCUACAACUUUAUCUACUUCAUCCUACUCAUCAUUAUUGGCUCAUUCUUCAUGAUCAACCUGUGCCUGGUCGUCAUCGCCACUCAGUUCUCAGAGACCAAGCAGAGAGAGAGCCAGCUGAUGAAGGAACAACGGGUGCGCUUCAUGUCCAACGCCAGCACUCUGGCCUCCCUCUCCGAGCCGGGCUCCUGCUACGACGAGCUGCUCAAGUACCUGGUCCACAUCGUCCGCAAGGGGGCCAAACAAGUGGCUCAUAUCUGCAGGCUGUUGGCUCGCCGUGCCGGUCUCAACAUUGCCGCCUCUCCCCCGGCCACGGAUUCACAACGCAGCCAGAGCCAGAGGAGGAGGAGGAAGUCUGUGUCAGUUCACCACAUGGUGCACCAUCAUCACCACCACCACCAUCACUACCAUCUAGGGAAUGGUAGCGUGAGGGGAGGAGGUAGCAUCAGGUGUCUGGAAGGUAGGGAUGUGGAGGCCGGGGCUCAUAACAACAACGGAGGAGCUCUCAUAGCAACGACCGGCAGUGGUCAUCUUGCUCUGGCUGCACCCCCUUCUGUGACGGCGGCAACCUCGGAUACAAACCUCACUGCUUUGUCCAAUCCUGCUGCAGGAGCUGAAGGACUUCGCUGUACUCCCUCACCCACCAACCUUGGAACAACGCCAGGCUUUUACUCCUUGGCUCUGGCUCCCACGUCCAGGGCCAUGAAGAGGAACUCUGUGCCCUUUGCUGCUCCAGGUCCCAAGAACUACCCCACCCUCCAGGCUCGAGCCCUGGCAGAGUCCAGGCGAAACAGUGCUGCUGCCAGCACCCUGACGAAUAUCAGCUUCAACCUCAAUAUACCACCCAUGCCCAUGGAGAGGCGGCCGUCGAGCCUGGGGGACACACACCCUCCAGCGGCUCAGCUCUCCUGCCAGCUGUCAGCCCGCGACCUCAGCACCAUCAGCAGUGCCAUGGACACGGCUGCUCUGACCCUGGACCCCGAGAGCUGCCCCUUCUGCGCCAAGGCCCUGGCCACCGAAUCCGAGGGUGUCACCGAUGGCAACGAGACACCUGGCGACUCAGACAGUGAGGGAGUGUACGAGUUCACCCAGGACCUCAACCACAGGGACAGAAGAGACAGCCGCCAACCCAGGAAGAAGCACCAAAGGCUGGGCAAAACCGCGGCCAAGGUUGUCCACUUCUGGAGGCUGGUGUGCGACACAUUCAGGAAGAUUGUGGACAGCAAGUACUUUGGCCGAGGGAUUAUGAUCGCCAUCCUGAUCAAUACUCUAAGCAUGGGGAUCGAGUACCACGAGCAGCCUGAAGAGUUGACCAACGCCCUGGAGAUCAGUAACAUUGUUUUCACCAGCCUGUUCUCCCUGGAGAUGCUGCUGAAGGUUUUGGUCUACGGUCCUUUUGGCUACAUCAAGAACCCCUACAAUAUCUUUGACGGCAUAAUUGUUGUCAUCAGCGUGUGGGAGAUCGUGGGUCAGCAGGGUGGGGGCCUGUCAGUGCUGAGGACCUUCCGGCUGAUGCGGGUGCUGAAGCUGGUCCGUUUCAUGCCGGCCCUGCAGAGGCAGCUGGUCGUGCUGAUGAAGACCAUGGACAACGUGGCCACCUUCUGCAUGCUGCUCAUGCUCUUCAUCUUCAUCUUCAGUAUCCUGGGGAUGCAUCUGUUUGGCUGUAAGUUUGGGUCCGAGAGGGAUGGAGACACCCUGCCAGACAGGAAGAACUUUGACUCUCUACUCUGGGCCAUAGUGACAGUCUUCCAGAUCCUGACCCAGGAAGACUGGAACAAGGUGUUGUACAACGGCAUGGCCUCCACCUCUCCUGUAGCCGCCCUCUACUUCAUUGCGCUCAUGACCUUCGGCAACUACGUUCUCUUCAACUUGCUGGUGGCCAUUUUGGUGGAGGGAUUCCAGACCGAGGAAGUGUCCAAGCGGGAGGACUUGCAUGCCCAGCUGAGCCUCAUUCAGCUGCCUGUAGACUCAGGGGGUGACGCUUCUAAAUCAGGUUCCGAGAUUGAUUCCUUUGCACGAAGUAUGGAGGACGUUAACGGAAGCAAGAAGGAUUUGUCAGCCUCUGCAGUAGUGCCUAUAAAUGGUCACGUGGACCUGAAGACCAGCCUGACUCCACCACUUAUUACCCAUACUGCUGCCACCCCCAUGCCUGUGCCCAAGUUGCCUGUGGGAGCUGACCCCAUCUUGGGCUACGAGUCCCGCCGAGGCAGCAAUGUCUCCAUAGAUCCGGCCUCCUUUGACAAAUCACCGACAAGUGCUCGGAGCUCUUCCCCUCAUGCUCCGUGGAGCUCUGGUAGUGGCUGGACCAGUCGCAGAUCCAGCUGGAACAGCCAGGGCCGUUCCUCGUCAAACAAACGCCCGAAGCGACAGUCCGGGGAGCGGCGGUCGCUCCUGUCCGGGGAGGGUGGCUCCAGUUCGGAGGAGGGGGAAGAAGGUGGGGAGGGGGGUGGCGGGCUGAUGGAUGAAGAUGAAGCAUCCCUUGCCAGGACGGACUCUAUGUCCCAGUCGCAAGGUGGGCCUCGGCACAGGAGGAUGGAGUCAGUGGAGACCCGGAGCUCAAUGGACCUGCCCCCUGAUGCUCUGCUGCAGGUGCCCUUCCUUUACCGCUCAGCUAGCAUGCACAGCUCCAGACCCCCAUCCCUGGGCCACCUACGGCCCCCAGAACAUAGUGACUGCAAUGGGAAGGGAUCUCCUUCAGCCUUGGGCCCCACGCACGUCUCGCUGGAAGACAACACUGAAGACGAGAACGCAGAGGAGGAGGCCAACCUGGGUCGUUUUUCCAGGCUGCUUCGGUGGCUGGAGAAAAAACAGCCGACGUGGUGUCGGCAGAGAGACACCUGGUCACUCUACAUCUUCCCUCCAGAGUCGAGGUUUCGGAUCGUGUGCAAUAAAAUCAUCACCCACAAGAUGUUCGACCACAUCGUGCUGGUCAUCAUCUUCCUCAACUGCAUCACUAUCGCCAUGGAGAGGCCGCACAUCGACCCCAGAAGCGCUGAGCGGCUCUUCCUGACAUUGUCCAACUACAUCUUCACCGCAAUCUUCGUGGCUGAGAUGACUGUGAAGAUCGUGGCUUUGGGCUUCUUUUUCGGGGACAAGGCCUACCUGAGGAGCAGCUGGAACGUUCUGGAUGGGAUGCUCGUGAUGAUUUCUGUGAUUGACAUCCUGGUGUCUCUUAUCUCCAACUCGGGAACCAAGAUCCUGGGCAUGCUCAGAGUGCUGAGGCUGCUGAGGACCCUGAGGCCUCUACGAGUGAUCAGCAGAGCCCCAGGCCUGAAGCUGGUGGUGGAGACCCUGAUGUCAUCCCUGAAGCCCAUUGGCAACAUCGUGGUCAUCUGCUGUGCCUUCUUCAUUAUCUUUGGCAUCCUGGGAGUGCAGCUUUUCAAGGGAAAGUUCUUCGUUUGUCAAGGAGAGGAUGUGAGAAACAUCACCAACAAGUCAGACUGUUUACAAUCUAAUUACAAAUGGGUCAGACACAAGUACAACUUUGACAACCUGGGACAGGCCUUGAUGUCUCUCUUUGUACUGGCGUCAAAAGACGGCUGGGUGGACAUUAUGUAUGAUGGACUAGACGCUGUAGGAGUUGACCAACAGCCGGUAAUGAACUACAACCCAUGGAUGCUGCUCUACUUCAUUUCCUUCCUCCUGAUCGUUGCCUUCUUCGUGCUCAACAUGUUUGUCGGCGUGGUGGUGGAGAACUUCCACAAAUGCCGGCGCCACCAGGAGGCAGAGGAGGCCAAGCGCAGGGAGGAGAAGAGACUGAAACGCAUGGAGAAAAAGAGACGGAAUUUAAUGGUUCCGGGGGUGAGUUGGGCCCUUUCUGACGGCACAUUGAAAGAAGCUCAGAGUAAGCCCUACUACUCAGAUUACUCCCCCACGCGCCUGCUCAUCCACAAGAUGUGCACCAGCCACUACCUGGACCUGUUCAUCACCAUCGUAAUAGGUCUCAACGUCAUCACCAUGUCCAUGGAGCACUACCGGCAGCCCAAGGAGCUGGAAGAGGCACUGAAGAUCUGUAACUACAUCUUCACUCUGAUUUUUGUCCUGGAGUCCGUCUUCAAGCUGGUGGCCUUUGGCUUCCGACGGUUCUUCAAGGACAAGUGGAACCAGCUGGAUCUGGCCAUUGUGCUGCUGUCCAUCAUGGGAAUCACUCUGGAGGAGAUUGAGGUCAACGCUUCACUGCCCAUCAACCCCACCAUCAUCCGCAUCAUGAGAGUGCUGAGGAUCGCACGAGUAUUGAAGCUCUUGAAGAUGGCGGUGGGGAUGAGAGCUUUGUUGGACACCGUUAUGCAAGCCCUGCCUCAGGUGGGCAAUCUGGGUCUUCUCUUUAUGCUCCUCUUCUUCAUCUUUGCGGCGCUGGGCGUGGAGCUGUUUGGCGACUUGAUUUGUGACGAGCUCCACCCAUGCGAGGGUCUGGGUCGCUAUGCUACGUUUAAAAACUUCGGGAUGGCGUUUCUGCUGCUCUUCAGAGUCUCCACUGGAGACAACUGGAACGGCAUAAUGAAGGACACGCUGAGAGACUGCGCCAAUGAAACCAGCACCUGCUACAACACCGUGGUCUCUCCCAUCUACUUCGUGUCCUUUGUCCUGACCGCUCAGUUUGUCCUGGUCAACGUGGUGAUAGCAGUGCUUAUGAAGCACCUGGAGGAGAGCAACAAGGAAGCGAAGGAGGAGGCGGAGCUGGAGGCGGAGCUGGAGCUGGAGCUCCAAAUGGAUGCCGGGGACAUGGCAGCGAGGUCACCCCAGCUCAACCCUCUCGCACUGGGCAUGGACAGGUCGAGUUCUGGGGGUUCCCCCUGGAGGUCCACCGGAGGAGGGGAUGCGGAGCAGGAAAGGGGUGGUCCUAUGGACUCACCCACUGCUGAUAUAACCAGAGACUCUAUAAACAUCAGAGCAGAACCCUCCUCAAGCCUCCUCGAGCCCCAGCUAGAGUUUGUCCAGCGGAGAGCGCUGUUUGACUCGGUCUCCCUGGUCAUCCAGGGUUCAAUGGAGGGGGAGUUGAGUUUGAUGGACAACCUGUCCGGCUCUAUCUGCCACUACUACGCGCUGCCCCCCAAGCCCAGCAAGCACAGCGCGGACAAGAAGAUCCCUCUAGCGGAGAUGGAAGCUCUGUCUCUGGCCUCUGAGAAAUCCUGGUCCCUAGCUCUGACAGACGACUCGGCCCCCGACGAUUUUAACCCUCUCUUUCUAUCCAGUCUGGAAUGCAAUUCAGAGCAGCUCGAUACCAGGGAGACACUGAAGGACAACCUGCUGAGUGUCAGAAAGCCUGCAGUGGGACGCACACACUCACUGCCCAAUGACAGCUACAUGUUCCUCCCCGUGCAUCCCUUUGGUCCCACAUCUCCAAGUACAGCGCAGCUCGUUGCGCAGUCACAGGGGCCCCGCCACAUACUGGGCACCCACAGGGCCCAGUCAGGCUCCAGCUGCUCACUACGAUCACAACCCGGGGAGUUUUCCCAGCAGCUGACUGUCCCCGCAGACCUCUUCAGACCCAUCAGCCCCCACAGCCACUCAGACUCAGAGAGCAUGCCACGACAGCCGCCUCCCAGACGCACACACACACUCAGCCGAACGCUCCGCAGACAGCUCAGUUGGGCCCAAAAGCCGCCCGAUCCUGAGCUACUGCUCAAACACAGAUACUCCUGUUUCUGAAACGGCGACACAGAGCAGACUUAAGCUACCACUGGAGCUUUCAGAAACACUGGACUCCAUGUUCAUCUUCAGACAGACAGAAAGACACAACAAUACACGCACAAACACUCUACUUCACACCCACAGGCUACCCACUUUUAUCCUUCCCCCCCUUUGUCUCUCAUUUGCCCAGAUGUUUAUGUCUACUGCUAACCAUCAGCUACAGAGCAUCUGUUACUCUCUAUUAAAUUAAGUGUGAGUUUAUAAAUUCGUCUAAAUUCUACAAGUGACUAAUUUAUAUUCAAUAGAGUGUAAUUUAGUCAGAUGCAGGUGUGGUGUGGUGUGGUGUAGAAAUUCACCCACAAUACAGUGCACUUAAUAACAAACUAUUCAACUCAGGGGACUGCUACAAAACAGGAAGUGCUGUCUAUUUACAUUUGGCCCUUUUUGUACCUGCAGUGUGAUGAUGAUAGAACACCACAGACUUUUCUAUUGCCUAGGUUAGCGCUUUAACAAUACUAGAGUACGUCGGUUUUGGUUAAAAUAAGUAAUAUAUAAAACAGGGUGAUCAUUUUCUAGUAAUCUUCCAGUGUGCACUCUUAUCAUUUGAUAUCUGCUAGUGCGCUGCUCGUGGCUGCUGAUUGGCCUGGUUGUAAAAAUCUUUGACCACUAGGUGUCUCUGUGGUCACACCGUUCAGGCUUGUGCAGGGGAAGCCCACAAAACCCAAACUCAUCUGGAAGUGUUGUGCCCCCCCUCCUCCCAAAAAAACCCAUGCAUGCCUUAUUUCCUCAUCUCCAUAGAUUUAAGAUCUGAUUUAAUUAAACCAAAUUACAUGAAAUUAUAUUGGAGAACUGUCAAUUUCCUCUCCCAGGUCAGAGGUCUGUGAGGGAUGAGAAAAAGUCAUAAGUUCACGGAGACAUUUUAGCAGCCACUGUGCCUACUAACCUUUCCUCUUCUGCAGUAGUUGCAUAUUAUGUUUACCCUCUGCCUAUUGGCCAAACACCCUGUAGAUGCACAGAGGUGAGGACGAAGGCACGGAAAAACUGAUCGAAAUUAUUUGGUUCUAAAUUAUUCUGGAAACUGCACUGCUGAUGGCUUGCGUGGUUUUGUGUGAAAGGCCAAAGGUUACAGGGUCACGUGGUCUGGCUCAGAGUUCACUGUGUCAGCCAGCGGUCCAUCAGCCGAGGGCUUAAAACAACAGCACUUUCUUGGGCAACACUCUGCCUUCUUAUUUGGAAACAUCAUUGACGUCUGCUCAUACCUGUUUCUUGGAAACCUCAUGUGGCGUACUGAACCCUUAGCUCAGUAAGAAAAUAUAGGCCUUAAGCCCAUAUUUGUUUUACACCAGUAAGGAGCUUUUUGUAAAAAGGCAUACGUUAUAAUUCUAAUCCUCGUCUCUGGAGAAUCUAAAUCACACCAUUGAAGGUUUCAGGUAGGUCCAAGCACAGUUUGUGUAUUUACCUCCUUUUAAAGUUGUCUGGUUGUUUUAAAUACCACCUCCAGACAUUGUAAGACAAGCAAGAAUGUAUGAAAACUUUAUAGUCAUAGCAGAUUAGUGUAAAAACACCAUUCCAGGCCAUUGAAUAUCAUCCAAGUAAAGGAGCAAUCAUUUCUGAUCAGUUAUACUGGCCAGAUACCUAUCAAACCCACAUCCAAUGAUAUCGUCAGACAUUCUCUACCACCUCUCAGACCAGUCUUAACUUAGAUACUGAUGUUGAGCAACACAGUGAAUUUCUAUGUAACAGUUUAUGGCAGAGUGUUUCAGUUUGACUCCCCGCUGCCCACAGUGAGGAGAAGUAGAAGGCUGUGAGAAUGUGCUGGCCUCACCGUGAACUUUGACCCAAACUGCUGCUUCUCAUCCUCAUUACCUCCCACUAACUAGUCUCCCCCUCUCAUUUUUCUCUGAUCCCGUACCUCGGUCUCCUCUAUCUCCCCCCUCACUCCCUUCCUUUCAUUGUACAUUUACCUCCAUGCUCCCUCUUAAUUAUUCCGCCCUCCGCCUCCCUCCCCUCCACGCUCCGUUUUCCAGGUUGCGGUGUCUACUGAUUCUCAGGAGGCCCUUUGCUCAGACGGAGGGGAAAGCAGUGAAGGACUUGUGAAUGUGGCCUCUCUUGGCCUCCCUCCGUCCCCCUCCUCCUCCCCCUCCUCCUCCUCCUCCCACAUCUCUCCUUC